AUGUGCGCAGGCGCAGUCGUGGUCCUCGCUCCACCCCGCGCGAGUCUGGUGGUGAGUCGCUCGUCACUGCGCAGCCGCAUCGAUGGAGGUGUGAGGGCGGCGUCGCCAAGGGAACAGCCGGCGCUGAGCAGCUGGUCCCCAGAUUAUCUGGAUAACAUGGCUCCCAGGAUAUUUUGUAACUUCUGUUUUCAGCAGCCCAGACCAAAUUGCUGCAGUUUUGCACUUACUAAUUGUGGACAUGUUGUCUGUGAAGCAUGCCUCAAGAAAGGAAGUAUGAAAAAAUGCUGCGUUUGUAAAGCAGAUUGCCGCACCUUAUUUCUCUCAGACAAGAUGGAUCCUGAUCUUCAGGCACUUUUUACAGACUCAGAGAAAGUUUGUGAGCGAUACAUAAACGAAUUUACACAGAUUAUGGAAUUCCAAGAGAAACACAAAAGACAUUUGCGUGCAUGUGAAAAACAAAACCAUGCAACGUUAGAAGCACAUGUACAGCAAAUUACAGAAAGAAAAGAACAAAUGCAGAGAGAACUUGUAGAAAAACAGAACUACAUUGCACAACUAGAAAAUUCUUUGCACCAUCAAAGGCAACAGACAGCACGAUUAUCUACUUCAACUUCCUUAAGGGAAUUUGUUCAAUCACCUUUAACGAAGUCAGCAAUGUAUACUGCAGUUCCAUACUCCAGGCCAUCCUCAGGUGAAAUGUCGCACAAUAUGGAGGUUGACCCAAGACCGAGUCCAUCAGAAAAGUGUGAGAUGUCUGUGGGUCCUACAAGACUAUCAUUAAUCAGUCCACCCCAGGAUGGACGAAUGGGUUUUGUACAUUACAGAGGAAUGGCUGAACUAGGAGCUUUUAGGAGUACACCUCUCUCAACGCCUGUGCAAAGAAUUGGGCUUUCAGGCUCUCUGUUAGCUGCUGUACCUGGUCGUAGAGAUACUUGGGAUACUUCCAGUUACAGAAACGUACCUUAUUGCUCAAUACCAGCUUCGUCACUUUCUAGGCCUCCAAUAACCAUUGCAAACCUUCUAAUGAGACCAUAAAUUACUUGGAUAAUAAAAUGCAGAACAGAAGCUUCAAGAUGUGCAUCUACCCAACUGCGAGGAAAGAACACAAUUUUUAUUCAGGACACAAAUCUUUGAUUCAGCAGUACAACUUAUUGAACGAAGUGUUGAGAUGCAUGCAAGAUGCGUGUUGUAUAGUUCAUUAAUGAGAUAAUCUGUGGGAAUAGUUUUAAAAAAAUCUGUACAUUAUUUUACAUAGUUAAAUUGUACUCAGAUGUUAGAUAUAUUAUCUUCUGUUACACCGAAAAAUAAGAUUUGGUUGUAUUUUCACACAAUUAAAUCAACUAAUCUCGGUGAUCUCAAAUCAUCAUUUGACAUCUUUUGAACAUAGAUAGCAACUGGACCUCAUUCUGUUUGAAAGUAAAUUAUAACCAGUGAAAUAUAAAA